AUGGCCAUCAGCAGCAGCAGCAUGGACCUCAUCCAUGGGACGACGCGCCUUGACGACCGCUUUCUCUUCCUGCGCGAGCUUGGCCAUGGCAUCUCGGGCGUCGUGCUUCUCGCCCUCGACACGCACCGCCAGACGCAGGUCGCGAUCAAGGUGUUUGCGCCGUCGCUGCUCGUCGCGGGCGAGCUUGAGGUCGCGCUGCUCCGCGCCGUCGACGCCCGUGACCCCGACCACCACGUGCCGAUCGUGUCGUUCAUCCACGCCUUUGAGUUUCGCGGCUCGUUGUGCAUCGCGAUGGAGUUGCUGGGACCGGCCAUCUUCCAGCGCCCGCGGGCGUCGGCAGAGGAAUACGAAUGGGCGUCCAUCGUGGAGCACAUGCGUCAUUGUCCAGCCAAGGUCGUCGCGCGCCGUCAUAUGGAGCUCGUGGCGCUUCGAACCAUCGUGGCGCAGACGUGCGCAGCCCUCGCCGUGCUUCACGACAUGAACAUCAUCCACGCCGACCUCAAGCCCGAAAACAUUCUCUACCGCGACGCCGCGAGAGCCGAUAUCAAGCUCAUCGACUUUGGCAACGCGAUCGACAACGUGAGCGUGCAGACAAUGGCGACGGACCACGGCUUCGACAUCCAAACGAUCCUCUACCGCGCGCCCGAGGUGGCCAUGGGCGUCUCCAUCUCGUGCGCGGCCGACAUGUGGUCGCUCGGCUGCAUCGUGCUCGAGUGCCUCCUCGGUCAGCCUCUCUUUAACGCCACCGACCGCUUGGCGCUGCUCGUCCAGAUGCAGCAGCUCGCCCCGACGCCGCUCUCGACGGUGCGUCACACCAUACCUACGCCGCAGUGA